GCCGUAAUUUAACGGAAGUUGUUACCAUGGCAGCUGAAAACGACUCAUCAGGACUCAUGUCAAGUUGAAGGAAAAAUGAAAAUCCUCAAGUCCAGGCAGGUUUGGAGAUCUAUCCGAUGCAUGGGCCACAUGGUGGGAAAGCGCGAUCAGUAUUGGCUGGAUCGGAUUGGGAGCAGGGAGAUAGUCGGCUAUGGAUUGAAUGGCCAGCCGUGUUAUGCCGAUUGGGCAGAUUUUCCGUUCCCGGCCAUCAAAUGGAAGGAAACCACGCCGGAUAUCCAAAGUUUGAACGAGAAGGCCAAAGGCGACUGGCGGCUGCUGAGUAAAGAGGAGAAGAAAACUCUGUACCGCGCCAACUUUUGCCAGACUUAUGCCGAAUUUCUGAAUCAACCAGGAGACUGGCCAGAAGUGUUCGGAUGGACCCUCGUGCUCUGCUCCUUGCCCAUUUGGAUUUACCUCUACUUGCGAACCUUCGUCUACGGCGAGUUGCCUGAGUCUUUCUCGCCCUCGCGAAGACGGGCUCAGCUGAGGCGCCAAAUCGACCUCCAAAUGAACCCCAUUCAGGGCUUGAGCUCAGAAUGGGAUUAUGAGCGCAUGGAUUGGAAACGGGUCACUUGGAGGACGCCUCCGAACCCUUUUGUUGUGUGUCCAGACGAUGACUGAGACUCAAUAAAACAGUGUACAUUUCGAUGUAAUAAAGCGUUCUCAUCUUGAGUGUU